AUAUUCUAAGUUCUACUAAUUCCAUAUUAUGAAAAUGGCAGGUUUAGAGUCGAUGGUAGUUGAAGAAACUAAGCCAGUUGAUAGAGAGAAGACGUGUCCAUUAUUACUACGGGUGUUUUGUUCGACCGGACGGCACAACUCGCCGGGUGACUACGCGAGAGGAAAUGUGCCACAGAAUGAGCUGCAGAUCUACACUUGGAUGGACGCCACACUCCGCGAGCUCACUGGUUUGGUCAAGGAAGUAAAUCCUGAGACUCGGCGCAAAGGGACGUACUUUGACUUUGCAAUAGUUUUCCCUGAUCAGAGAUCUCCGACAUACCGCAUGAGAGAGAUCGGCGUUACUUGUUCUGGCCAGCGUGGUGGGGAUGACAACAAAACGUUAUCACAAGUCAAAUUCCUGAUUGGGAAUUACUUGGACAUUUCAAUAACUCCACCAAACAGAAUGCCACCACCAAUGAGGCGUGCACAGCCUUAUAUGAAUAAUCGCCCAUAUUAAAAUAUCAUGGGACUUUUUAUAUAGAUAUGAAGGCAGAAAUUGAGGUUUGAUGUUUUUCUGAUGAUUGUUUCUGUCAUUUUAAUGCAUUAUGUGUAAGUCAAAAUAAAAUAGUUUUAAGUA